AUGGACUGGCUUAUGAGACUCUGCUUACCAGGGACUCCCUUGCUGUGUUUCAGCCCCGUUGGAGAUACCAGUGAAGAGGGGAAAGAGACACAUCUCUGCCAGGCCAGUGCUGUGCGAAAUUGCCUCCAGCUUCCAGGGAUCAGCAUCCUUGACAAACUCAUCAAGACGUGUCCUGUCUGGCUUCAGCUGAACAUGAGCCAGGAAACGGCUGGGGCGAUCCUUGGCAAAGAAACAGCAGGGAUAUUCUUAGUUAGGAAAGAGGGCAAUGUGAGCAACAUGGUCCUUGCAGUCCGCCUGCCAGUGCAGAACGAGGCUCCUGGUGUGCUGGAGUACAACAUUAAAGAAGAAAAAUCAAUCCUGUACCUGGAAGGAUCUGUCCUUGUAUUUGAAGAUGUUUUCAAAUUGGUCGCCUUCUACUGUGUCAGCAGGGAUUUGCUGCCCUUUACCCUGAAGCUGCCACAAGCAAUAUUAGAAGCCAGUAGCUUUCAAGACCUUGAAAUUAUUUCUAGUCUGGGGAUAGAUUUCUGGGAUUCCUAUUUAAACCAUAGAAGACAGGACUUAUCCCACCCUGCAAAAGACUAUGCUUUCAGCACUGCUCAGGCAGACAGUUUAAGACCAACCCAGUGUUUUGCAAGUAGCACAAACCACUGCUCAUGUGAAAUUGAGCUGUCAAUAGGAAAUGACAGGCUGUGGUUUGUGAAUCCUAUUUUUAUAGAAGAGUGCAGUAAUCCUUGCCCUCCAGAUAUACCUUCUCCUAAAGGCCACUCUGGGAGCACUGAACUCCCUCCUGCCACCAUGAUUACUGAAAGGAGGUCUCCUCGACGGCCUCCUCCCCCUCCACCUUCUCAUUCUCUCAUUCAGAAAUCUUCCCUGAAGCUCUCACAGGACCCCAUGACUGUCUGUGAAGAAAACAAGCUUCUUAUUAAGCCACUAGGAAAGAGCUUCGAGGAAAUGAAAAUCGAAGGCAGUGCCGAUAAAGAAGAAAGGAAGCAGAGCUGCUCGGCCAACGCGCCCUCGGCAGUGAGCCCCAGGAAGGGCUCCCAGCCCUCGGUUCCCCCGCGGAGGCGGCUGAGUGAGAGAACCUCAGAGGAGAGCUGUGUGGGCAAUCCUGAAAAUUGUGAAACGCUGAAAGGGGAAGGGACAGAAGAAAACCAAGAUACAAGUGCAGAGGGCAGAGAUAAAACGCUGCUGUGUGAAAAUGCUGUAGAAAUGCCUGGGGAGGUUCCCAAAAGGGCUGUAUCACAGUUUCAGGAGACAAAGCCUGAACCUGCAGAGAAGAAGGAGGACAUGCCUAAGACACAAAGCAAUGCCACUGAGAAAGGAAAGUCGCCUCCUAUCCCACCACCGAGAAGGAAGAGAGUUUCCCAGGUACCAAGCAUCCCCAGCUCCUGCCAGCCGAAGCAAAGAACAGCAGCAGAGACGGCCGUGGCCACAGGGCAGGCUGUGUGCAAGGGCAGUCCAGCUACAGUGACAUGUGGUGCCACUUGGGCACACAGCAAGCCUGAACAGGGACAUGGCCACAAAUCUGUCAGCUCAGCUGAACUGGAAGGGUCACGCUUGUCCCUGGAGGACCUGGGAGGCAGCACCAUGGCUCAGGCAUCAACAUCUGAGCCAGACUCCUACUCCACCAGCAGCACAGAGGAUGACCUGGAGAUGCUGAGUGGUUCAUCUGGUAAAAAGACACGCUCCGUGAUCUUGGCCAAGGCCAAAAACAGGCUGUCCUUGGUGAACCUGUCCAAUGUCUUCACGGUCUUUUUGUCUAGUGACAGGAAGCUGCAGAAGAAGAUAGUGGAGCUGGCACAGGACAAGGAGUCAUACUUUGGCAACCUGGUGCGGGACUACAGAGUGUACAGUUUAGAGAUGAUGGCAAAGCAGAGCUCCAGCACAGAGAUGCUACAAGAGAUCCGGCUGAUGAUGACGCAGCUGAAGAGUUACUUAGUACAGAGCACUGAGUUGAAAUCGCUGAUAGACCCAGCCUCCUACACUGAGGAACAGUUAGAAGUGAUUGCUGAGACAGCUUUGUACAAAUGUGUCCUGAAACCUCUAAAGGAAGCCAUUAAUUCUUCCUUAAAAGAAAUACACAACAAAGAUGGAUCUUUACAGCAGCUGAAAGAGAACCAACUUGUGAUACAAAACACAACUACCACUGACCUGGGUGUCACAACCAGUGUGCCUGAAACUGCUGUGCUGGAAAAGAUCCUUCACAAGUUCACAACCAUGCACAAGACCUAUUCUCCAGAAAAGAAAAUUGCCAUCUUGCUGAAGACCUGCAAACUCAUCUAUGACUCCAUGGCUCAGGGAAAUCCAGGGAAGCCCUAUGGUGCAGAUGACUUCCUCCCUGUGCUCAUGUAUGUGUUGGCCCGCAGCAACUUGACUGAAGUCCUUCUUAAUGUGGAGUAUAUGAUGGAGCUCAUGGACCCUGCUCUGCAGCUAGGAGAAGGCUCCUAUUAUUUAACCACCACCUACGGGGUCCUGGAGCAUAUCAAGAACUAUGACAAAAUCACUGUGACCCGGCAGCUGAGCGUGGAGGUUCAGGACUCCAUCCACCGCUGGGAGCGACGGAGAACGCUGAACAAGGCCCGGGCUUCCCGCUCAUCAGUGCAGGAUUUCAUCUGUAUCUCCUUUCUGGAAGUCAGUGGUCAAUCAAGGACACUUGCUUCCCGUCGCGACACCACAGCUGAGCAGCUGAGCCAGCAGUGUGCCGAGAAGUUUGAAGUGUCUCAUCCCAAGGACUAUGGACUCUUUGUUUAUGUUGAUGACCAGUGGCUGCAGCUGGACAAAGAUGCCCUUCCACAUCAUAUCAAAGCCUCCCUUCUGAAGAGUGAAACCAAGAAAGAUUUUAAUUUUAUUUAUAAACCAAUUGACCAUAAAACCCCACCAAUUCCAAUUGUCAAAGAGUCAGACUUUUCCUAAGUGCCAUGCUGGUUUUUUUCCGUCUUUGCUGUCAUCCUGGAAGAGCUGGAUAUUUUACCUUGUGAGAUCCUCUGGUAUCUGCAGACCUUGGAAGUUCUCUGGAGUGUGGCCUUCAACAUAGGGCAGAUGGGCUAAUUGAAGAUGGUGUCUGAACACACGGCAUUUCUCGGUAGAGGUCAUUUGCAGAAGUAAAAGAAGCAUUCAGGAGAAUGUUCAUCCUCUGGAAAACUUGAAGUAUCAAGCCUCAGAACCUCUCAGCUGCAACCAGC